UGGCGUCCCGGGCUCAGGCUGACUAGACGCGGAGCCAGUUAGUGUUUCCUCCUCCCCCUGCCGGGGUCUGUCCUCCCUCCGCCGUCUCCUUUUUCUCCACCCGCGUCCCCGGGGGGCAGCGUGUGGGAAGAACGAAAUUUCCGCCCGGUUUGCUCGCUACUCGCUGAGUUGGGUCCCUUCCGGACGCAGCCUGCGCUCCUCGGGCGGUUCCACCCGCGCUGCGCUCAGAGUCCCCGAAAGACUGAGGAGGUGCGGGCUGCGGGGGCCGAGCCCGCGGGGCUCCACGGCCAAGCCGCGCCCCCGAGAAGCUCUUGGAAGGGCUCCCUCCUGCAGCUGGGGAAUCCGCUGGGCAGGGAGAAUCCGCGCCAGGGAAUCCAGCUCUCCGGGCUCCGCUGCAAACAAAAAGCACCACAGCUUGCUCCCUCCCACGUCCCCGAUGCACACCCGGAGAAACACUUUUCUGCAGAAAUGCAACAAGUAGCACCCGGAGCUCGAGGAGCGCUCUGUGCCGCCUGACUUGGCCCGGUGAAGCCCGCCUGCAGAGACAAGGGCCAGCCACCGGACAAAGAGCGGAGGAGGGGCUGGACUGCGCAGUGAAGUCCGAAAGAGGCCAUUUAGCGACUCUGGCCAGGCCAAGGGGAAUGCAGAGGAGACACGAAGCCGGCGGGCUAAGAGGUCGAUCCAGCCGCAGCACGCAAGGCGGGCGGCGAUGGAGGCUGCCCGCGCCGUGCGCUUCCUGCUCUUGGUGUGCGGCUGCCUCGCGCUCCCGCCGUGGGCCGAGCCGGUGUGCCCCGAGCGCUGCGACUGCCAGCACCCCCAGCACCUCCUGUGCACCAACCGGGGGCUCCGCGCAGUGCCCAAAACCAGCUCGCUGCCUAGCCCCCAGGAUGUGCUCACCUACAGCCUCGGAGGCAACUUCAUAACUAACAUCACCGCCUUCGACUUCCACCGCCUAGGGCAGCUCAGAAGGCUGGAUUUGCAGUACAACCAGAUCCGCUCUCUGCACCCCAAGACCUUCGAGAAGCUCUCCCGGCUGGAGGAGCUCUACCUGGGAAACAACCUCUUGCAGGCACUCGCGCCUGGCACACUGGCCCCACUGCGCAAGCUGCGCAUACUCUAUGCCAAUGGCAACGAGAUCAGCCGCCUAAGCCGGGGCUCCUUCGAGGGCUUGGAGAGUCUGGUCAAGCUGCGGCUGGAUGGGAACGUCCUGGAAGCGCUGCCAGACGCAGUCUUCGCCCCACUGGGCAACCUGUUGUACCUACAUCUAGAGUCUAACCGGAUCCGCUUCCUGAGCAAGAAUGCCUUUGCCCAGCUGGGCAAGCUGCGCUUCCUCAACCUGUCUGCCAACGAGCUGCAGCCUUCCCUGCGCCACGCGGCCACCUUCGCACCGCUGCGCUCCCUCUCCACUCUCAUCCUCUCGGCCAACAGCCUGCAGCACCUCGGCCCGCGCGUCUUCCAGCACCUGCCGCGCCUCGGCCUGCUCUCGCUCAGGGGCAACCAGCUCACACACCUCGCGACUGAGGCCUUCUGGGGGUUGGAGGCCCUGCGCGAGCUGCGCCUCGAGGGCAAUCGGCUAAGCCAACUUCCCUUGGCGCUGCUGGAACCUCUGCACAGCCUGGAGGCGCUGGACCUAAGCGACAACGAGCUGUCUGCCCUGCACCCUGCCAUCUUCGGCCACUUGGGCCGACUGCGCGAACUCAACCUGCGCGACAACGCGCUCAGUGCCCUCUCGGGGGACAUCUUCGCUGCCAGCCCGGCUCUCUACCGGCUGGAUCUAGACGGCAACGGCUGGACCUGCGACUGCCGGCUGCGGGGCCUGAAGCGCUGGAUGGGCGACUGGCACUCACAGGGCCGGCUUCUCACCGUCUUCGUACAGUGUCGCCAUCCCCCGGCCCUGCGGGGCAAGUACUUGGAUUACCUGGAUGACCAGCAGCUGCAGAACGGGUCCUGCGCGGAUCCCCCGCCCUCGGCAUCCGCGACUGCGGAAAGCAGGGGGCGGCUCCUCCCCACAGCCGCGGGGGAGGAGGAGAUGACGCCCCCUGCAGGAGGUUUUGCAGAGGAGUUGCCACCGCAGCCGCUGCCCCAACAGCGGGAGCGAUUUCUAGCUGGGGUGGCCUGGGACGCGGCCGCCAGGGAGCUCGUGAGCAACCGCAGUGUUCUAAGGCUCAGCCGGCGGGGUCCAGGCCUCCUGCAGCACGCGGGCCCCUCUGCAGCUCCUGCCAUGGGCCCAGCUCCUCAGCCCCUGGACCUGCACGAGAAGCCAGAGGCGGGACGUCCGACCGGCGCUUCCCCCGCCCGCGCCCGCGCCCGCGCGGAACCCACCCCGACGGCCGAGCCCGCCCUUGCGUCACUGCCGGCCCGCGACCCCUGGCAGCGCUCACCGAAGCAGCGCCUGGCCGCCGCCGAGCUGCAGGAGCGCGGUGCGCAGUCCGACGGCGGGGUUGGCCUGCCGCCGCUGGUGUCCGAUCCCUGUGACUUCAAUAAGUUCAUUCUGUGCAACCUGACGGUAGAGGCGGUGGACGCCAACAGCGCCUCGGUGCGCUGGGAGGUUCGGGCGCACCGCAGCCCCCGGCCCCUGGGCGGCGCGCGCUUCCGCCUGCUCUUCGACCGCUUUGGCCAACAGCCCAAGUUCCACCGCUUCGUCUACCUGCCCGAGCGCAGCGACUCGGCCACGCUGCGUGAGCUGCGCGGAGACACCCCCUACCUAGUGUGUGUCGAAGGCGUGCUCGGGGGCCGAGUCUGCCCCGUGGCCCCCAGAGACCACUGCGCAGGGCUGGUCACCCUGCCGGAGCCUAGUAGUCAGAGCGGCGUCGACUAUCAGCUGCUGACCUUGGCUCUGCUGGCCGUCAACGCGCUGCUGGUGUUCCUAGCCUUGGCGGCCUGGGGGUCGCGCUGGCUGCGGAGGAAGCUGCGGGCCAGGCGGAAGGGCGGGGCCCCGGUCCACGUUCGGCACAUGUACUCCACCCGACGGCCUCUCCGCUCUAUGGGCACCGGAGUCUCUGCCGACUUCUCUGGAUUUCAGUCACACCGGCCGCGCACCACCGUGUGCGCACUCAGCGAGGCUGACCUCAUCGAGUUCCCCUGCGAACGCUUUAUGGACAAUGCUGGCGGUGGCGCUGGUGGCAGCCUGAGGCGGGAGGACCACCUGCUUCAACGAUUUGCAGACUAGAUGCAGGACUGCCGGGAGACCAUCUCGUUGACCUUAAAGAGCCUCUCUGCGGCCCCUCCAACCCACCUCAGGGGAAAGCCUUAUUUUAUAAAAUCUGUUCCCCUCUUGUGCAUUUGCCAGAGAGGCCAAGGGGACAGAGAGCCACUCACUAGUCAGUACUUGUGAAGUAAAUGGAUAGUACUUGGUGCUUAAGGGGAAUGGUAGGGGAGUAGUGGAUGUGGGGGCAGAGGUAGGAGGCCUUGGUGCAGCUAGGGGAUGGCUUAUGUAUCGGAUGCAGUGCGGUAAUCUGGCCUCCUUUGGGGUAGGUGGGAAUUCUUGUGCCCCCAGCAUGGGCAGAAGGAUUCUGGUGCGUGCAUUAUGUUUGCCCAGUGUCAAAACAGGAGUUUUGUUUCUAUUUAAGGAAAAAGGAACUUAGCGCCAUUACAAAGGAGGCUUGGCAACUGACCCCACUGGUUUGGUGGUCUCUGCCAAGGAGCUUGUUGUAAACAGGUGGGAACACUCUCACCUCGCAACUCAUUUAUGUUGACUGAUAGAGCAUUCAGGAAACCGUAAGGUUAAGUAAUAACAGACAAUAUAUUUUCUUCAACAAUGUGAAGAGCUCUGACAUUUAACAAACUGACCCAUAAACUCAAAGACUGUUUUAGUUGGACUGGGCCCUUCAACGAUUUUCCUUUUAACAUGAACAAGAUAAGCACGUUCAGUAACUAAAACUUACAUACUUUCUCAGGAGAAGGCUGCAUGCAAGACCUCUCUAUCAGGGUUAUUCCUGUGGUUUUAAUUUUAUUUUUUAAACCUAUGUAUGGAAAAGGAAAUCUCAAUGCCAGAUUUGAUAAAAGAAUGUACUAUGUCUCUAACUGAUGACCCCUUAGGGAACUCUGGAGUUCCAGCUCACUUACCACGUUUCUGACAGUGUGUCCAGAUGGGAAUAAAUGUAAUGUGCUUGUUCCAUUUUGAUCAGUGACACUCAGCUCGGUGCCUCCUUCCCUUGAGUCACAGUUAAGUGAUAAAGGUAAUUUCCUAAUGGGGAAGCAGAAGGAGUUGUCCAGGCUGGGGUAUUUCAGUGCAGAGCACUUGCUUAAUGUGUGUGUGAGGCCCAGGGUUUGAUGCCCAGCGAAGUAAAGGCAAAAUAAGAGGUGAUUGUGAAUUGAUAGUGUAGUCUUUGACCACAUUAAUCCCCUUCUUUGUAUGAAAUAGAAGACAGGAAGAAAUUAUGGAAAACAAAUGUGAAAAGAAACACAUCAGUGGGUGUCUGUUGCUACUAAAACCAGAAGACUGUUAUGAGUACUUAAACCUCACUGUGAAAUGAUUAUAUAUCUUUCAGAUUAAUCCUUCCACUACCCAGUGUUUUAUUGUGUUAUUGAAUAUUUUAGUAAAUAGUUGCAGUAUUUCUUUUCAGUGUUUUUAUUUUAAACUUAGGGUUAGACUUUUUUGAUUCUUCAGUGUUUUCAGCUGUCUAGGAUAGUUUUGUUCCCUGAUAUUUAUGAAGUACAUGUUUAUCACUAAAUGUAGUGGUUGGGUUUACAUUACUAAUUGUGUGUGGUCUAAAAACACAGUCACUCAGAGGGUGUGCACUGUGGUUAUAUUUACUGUGGCUGUGGAUUUAUUGGCAGUGGAGCACCGUGGAGGCCACUACAGAGGUGCUAAGACUUAAUAGUCAAUCGUCUGUUUAGGGCCACCAGCCCUGAGGGUCCUGGUGUCUCAGGGAAUCCGUCACAGUCUGGGGGGUCCUUCAACCCAGUUCACUCCACUUACGUUUGGCCUAGAUUGAGUCAGGCCUGCCCCCAUCCCAACCAGUGAGCAGGGAUCCAGGGAUCUAAAUUAGCUGGUCUUUGUUUAUGUUCAGCUGAGUAAAUGUCCAGAUCACUUAAACUACAGCUGCUUUUCUGGCAGUCUUAUCUGUGUAGUCCAAACUUAAUAAACCACAGGAAAUAGACUGUCAUUCUUUGUUUGCUGCCGGGCCUUGUUUUAGAUUCAGAGCAUAUGGGUACAAGGGAGAGGUAGAGUUGACCUCGUAUUUUCUACCAGGAGGCUAUCUGGCACCUUUCAUAUUUCUGGCUUUUUUUCAUGCCUAGUAAAAUUCCCUUUCUUAGCUAUUUCUUUUAGACAUCAGUGGAAUAUUGACUCCCAUUGAAAAUCUGGAAAAGACCUCUAAUUCUGUAUACCCCCCCACCCUUUCAACUGCAGAGCAUCACUGAAAAUGCCAAAUUCCUGGAUCUGUGUUCUAUUUAAAAUAGUUUCACUGGAAAGUCUUUCAGUGAGAAAUGGAUAAAUGUUAUACAUUGUUAUGUUCAGUUAUGUCAAUAAACCCAUUUACUAAUAUAAA